CAACUCACACCCAUGAAUAAACUACCAAGCAAGUGAGCAACUGUUUUAAUCUUUUUCAGUGACAUUUGAAGAAGAAUGGUAUGAGUGUGGCAGUUGCAGGGAAAGGAAGAAUGCCUACCACCACUGAGAACUCAACCCGGGUCGGGUUGAUCAUAUCCAUCACCGACUCCAUUCGGACCUUCCUUACCGGAGCCUCCAACAACCCGACUCUCUCUCUCGAACUCCGGCAGUCAUCCUCCGAUCUGCUCCGCCAAUCCGAUGUUCCUUACGCACCCCUUCGUGCUGUCUGGAUCGCCUCUGAUCCAUCCACAAGACCCGAAUUGACCCGACUCUUCUCGGGUACCCGCUUCGUCUUCUCCAGCCCAAAACCCAGAGAGAAGAGUGAAGAAUUGAAGGAAAGGCUUAGAAAGUUGGAAGAUUUAGCAGAAAGGAAAGCAUAUCAAGAGCUUGUGAAGGAUAUUGCACCCAAGCAGGAUGUUGUGGAACCAUUCUCUUCUUACAAGGAUCAAUUAGGAUUUGGUUUGCAUGUUUUGGUUACCAUGUUUACUGGCUAUCUUGUUGGAUAUGCAGCGUUUAGAGCUUUGUUUAAUCACGGUCCUGCCAUGAAUGCUGCUGGAGGAAUUCUUGGGUUGGUGGGUGCCAUGCUUGUUGAGACUUUCCUUUUCAUUAUUAGAAGUUCCAAUCUAGAUGAUAGUAAAACAAGAAAGUCCAAUAAAAAACCAAGAUCACCCUUUUCCACAUCCAGUCUCAAGAAAACCCAGUAGACAAGAUCAGGUUGGUUGCUUUUCAGUUUUGUAUUUGGUACCAAUACAAAAUUAUCUAGUGCCUAUUUGGUCUCUUGUACGGGAAAAUACGCAUCCCAACACAUCAACAAUGAAGCUUGAAAUUGUAAACACGGUUCUCAGUUAUAAAUCACUUAAAAGUGCCCGUUACUUA